GCCUAGGGCUAAAAUCAUGUAUGUGGUCUUUUUCUUUUUUGAUAAUAGAAUCAAUAUUUUGUUUUUAUUAAAAUUACAAAUUACUUUCAAGAGCUUUGAAUUUGGAAUUUGGAAUUUGGAAUUUGGUCUAUUGGUCAUCAUCAGCCUUUAAUCAUGUAGGAAGGGUGGAUGUGAAAAAAUAACAAAGGUGCUGCUGGGACAAAAUUUGGUUCUUGCCUUCUUGGUUAAGAUGUCAUGGCUUUUUGAUGCUGAUAUCUUUGUUCUGAUGUCAAAACAUGAACCGCUUUAGCUUAGAAAGAUGAAGUAGGUUAGGUAUCCUUACUUAGUGGUAAUAAGAGCAUAAUUUUUCUCCUCUUCAAUCAUGAACCCAAGUGAGCUAAAAUUUUUGUGGAAAGAUAAAGAUAAAAAGAAUCAAAAUCGCAGUAACUUAUUGUGGGCCUGUGACUGUAAGUGCUGUCUUUGUCAGGUAGGAAUUCAUUGUUGUUGGACUCAAAAAUGGAAAUUUUGAUAUUUUUUAAAAAUAUCAUCCACCUAUUAGCUUCUUUGUUUUGUGUGAAUUGUGAAUUGUUUCUCUACAGGUAGCAGUCCAAUGCCCUAGUUGUGUAUUAGCCUAAUAUUCCAUAAUAGAGUAUCUUUCAAGGUUUCUGUUUUAUUUGACACUAUCUAAUACUCCAUAUAUUUUCUUAUUGUCAUUAAUAGUAUCUAUGAAUUCAUAUUUUUUUCAUAGGGUAUAACUGAAUUCUGCUUUUGUUUACAUUAAAUAGGUCUACAGCUCACAUGACUCCAAUUUUUCUUUUAGUUGUAGUUCAAGUCACCUUUGAUUUUACCCUCUUUUCAUUUUUGUAAAUCAAAACUGAUUGGAUGUAAUCACUAUUCACUACUCAGUAGCCACCACCUCACACCAGUCAGCUCCUUUAUUCUAAUUAAUCAUAAGGUUCGGUUCAGCUGAAGUAAGUAAGUCAUAUCUUUUGAUUAUUUCCUAGUUUUUGGGAGUGGGAGCCGUUGUUUUGAAGAGCAUCUUGACUUGGGUGUCUCCGGAACUGUCUAAAAUCAUUCUGUUGUUGGUUGGAUAUUUAUGUUUGGAUUCGAUCAACAAGAUUAGAUAGAUGGCUGUAGACGAAAACGGUGAUAGCAGUUAUUGGAGUAUCGAGCAGGAUAAGGCAUUUGAGAAUGCCAUUGCUACUCAUCCCGAGGAAUUGGAUGAUCGUUGGGAAAAGAUUGCUGCAGAUGUGCCCGGGAAGACCUUGGAAGAGGUUAAGAAUCACUAUGAGCUUCUACUUGAGGAUGUAAAACAGAUUGAAUCUGGUCGAGUUCCCUUGCCUACCUAUAAUUCUUCUUCAGAGGGUUCUUCAGGUUUUGCUGCUGAAGAAGGUAACGGGAAAAAGGGUCAAUGUUCCAACGGAGGUAGUGAAUCUAAUCAUGGUAACAAGGUGUCAAGAUCAGAUCAGGAACGCAGGAAGGGUAUAGCUUGGACUGAGGAUGAACACAGGUUAUUUCUUUUGGGGCUAGACAAAUAUGGAAAAGGAGAUUGGAGAAGUAUUUCGCGUAACUUUGUGGUGACAAGAACACCAACUCAAGUAGCAAGCCAUGCGCAGAAAUAUUUUAUUCGGUUAAACUCUAUGAAUAAAGAUAGGAGACGAUCGAGCAUCCAUGACAUCACCAGUGUCAACACGGGGGAUCUAUCUGUACCUCAGGGACCGAUAACUGGUCAGACAAAUGCAGCUCCAGCAGGAGCAUCGUCUGUGAAGUCUGAAAAGCAGGCUGCUCAAGCUCCUGCUGCCUCAGCAGGAGUUGGCGUGUAUGCUACUCCUACAAUCGGACAACCAAUUGGUGGGCCAUUGGUUUCUGCUGUGGGAACUCCAGUGAAUCUUCCAAAUCACAUGGCUUAUGGUGUACAAGCCCCUAUACCAGGUUCCGUUGUUACUGGUGCCCCGAUGGGUAUGACUCCGAUGCAAUAUCCAAUGCCGCACACCUCUGUCCACAGGUAAGGUAAGAGUAUGAGCGACUACUUGUUUAGAAUGUAAAAAGGAAAGAAAGAAACAGAAGUAUGCGAGCCAGAAUUUGGUUACCUUGCCCUAUAAUACCAGUUGUACUGGGGUGACUUUUGUAACUUAUCAUUCUUAUACAAACCGUUGAAAAUAAUGCAUAGGAAGGUGAAACUGUAGACCUGUUUGUGUUGUAUAGGCAGGUGUGAUAAGUUAUCACUGCUUUGUUGGGGGCAAUUAUGAAUGCAUUCUCCAGUUUUACCAAAAUUUGUCAUUGAACUGCUGCUGUUAAUCAGCAGCUAUUUAGUAGAACUAGAGUUGUAGUUUUCUUUCUCCAAUUUCAUGUUCAAUUAUGUAGUUUAUCAAUUUCCUUUUAGUUCAUUUUGUUUGAUAACCUGUAUAUAUAGUUGCUGUGUCCACUGUCUAUCGAACAGAAACCAACUAUGGUUUGCAUUACAGACACAUUGCACUUCAUAACUUGGUUUGAUGCAAAAGUAAUGGUAUAAUAUUUGGGAACAGUUUUAGGAAACCUUAUGGAUAG